CGAGCAGCUCGCGGGGACGUUUUUUGCGCCAUCAGAGCUGCUGUUGAGCCCAAGAGAUUCACUGGCAGUCAUCUUUCAAAGCACCAGUUAGUCCCUUUACGCAGGACCUGCGAGGCGGCGCGACCAACACCUCUUCCGCUGAGGGCAAGGCAAGCCGCCCCCCACGCCGUCGCCGCGCGCGAGCGAGCGCGAGACAAAAACACCAAGAUGCGCGGCGCUCCCUGCCUCCGCGCGCUGCGGGCCCACCUCGCGACGCGGCCCAACAACCCGCCCGACGUCGCCGACGACGGCUCCGUGGCGAUCGAUGGUACGACCUAUAAAGGUGAAGAGCCGACCGGGUACCGGAGUUCCCAGCAGGGCAUCGGGGUGUACUCGCUCGCCGCCGUCGUACUGCUCGUAAGGUACACAAAACAAUCGGAAUACCUCCGAGCGUGCAUCGCGCGCAAAAUUCGCGGCGUCGUCACGGUCGACCAGGGCGACGUGCGCGCGCUGUUAUCGGGAGCCAAGGACGACUCGGCGAACUUGGAGGGCGAAGAGCCGGUAGAAGCGCCUCCCAUCGAAGUGGUGGAGACCCAGGCUACGCAACAGAAGGAAGAGGUCGACGACGACGCCGACGACCCCUUCGAGUCGAAGUGCUACUCGUUGGGCGACCGGAAUGCCGCUCUAGUUUGUAUCCCGGGCCGCGACUUCUCCUUCGCGGCGAGGCUGUGGGAGAGAUACGUAGAACGGGAAAAGCAGGCGGCCAAAAAACGACAGCACGAAGAGAAGAAGGCCAAGGAGAAGGCCGCUAGGGAUGAAAAGCUCCGCAAAAAAGAUCCGGUGGCCGCGGACAAGAAACGGGCGCGCGAGGAGGCCAAGGCCGAAUCAAAGAAGAAACCGAGGACGUCCGGUACGGUCGGCAUCAUCAUCGUGCCCAACGCCCCCACGGCCUUACUUACGUUAGUAAAUGCGGCCGAUUUGCUCGAACGGAACACCUACAUAACACCGGCCCAAAAACGGCAGCAGGGCGCGAAGAAGGAGCCGGUCGUCAAGGUGUCUCGUACAAGAGGUGAUGGUGUCGUGCAAUCAUUUAAAUUAGUAGACGACCCGCGGCGGUUGUCGGACAGCGACUGGAAGAAGGUCGUGGCCGUCGUCGCGCAGGGCGCCGCCUGGCAGUUCAAGGGCUGGAAGGUUUCCCAGCCUGUGGAUUUAUUCAACAAGUACCUGGGCGUGCACAUCAAGUACGACGACAGCGAAACUCCCAAGGACGUCAAAAAGUGGAACGUCUCGGUGGUCUCCGUCAAUAAACAUAAAAGACACCUCGACCCGACGGCGGCGCACUCGUUCUGGCGGCUGGUCGACGACCACAUCGCGCGGCGGAAGAAGGAGAAGGCCGGCGCGGCGCCGGCGCGGCGGAAGAAGUAGGCGCUUCCUUUCGGUGGUGGUUAUCUAGAUUUGAUCAAUAAAUUACACACGGGGAAGG